ACCAGAGGAGGAGGAAGAAGCGAAUGACGGGAGAGGCGGAACAACGUCUCCAGUAGCUGCGUCGUUGAGUAUGGAAACGGUUGCUGCAGCAGCUGACGGUGAGCACCAAGUGCAACAAAGCAUUGAGGCUUCCGCUGAAAACAACGGCGUACAGUCCACUGGAACCAGAACCACCGGCGCGGAGGAAAGCCUCAUCCUCGAGGCAGGGGGCAGCGAUUCCGAGAGAACAAUGAGCUCAGACAGCAGCCUCACUCCUUCAAAGAGUGACGCCGAAACAACAUCCGCGGAGGACACCGACGACAUCUCUCGCAUUGAAGGAGCCGAAUUCUCUUUUGAGGACGGCAAGGAAGUUCCACGGACGGUUGAAACCGCACCGGAGAAUACAAACACAACGCCUGGGGAGACCAAGAUCCCAUCGGAGUCUAACGCAACAACACUCUCGGGCCAUGGCAUUUUGCUUGAGCACGGGCAUUACAGCGAAUUGUCGGCCAUGUAUCUAAUUGCUGAGAGCACCGUGCAUGGGUGUGUGUCUCGGGUGUUGUUGCUGCUGCUUCUGGGGCUGUGGGGCACUGCAGCUCUCUGCUGA